AUGAAGAGAACGCAAUAUGCCUGCGAUCAGUGUAGAAAGUCAAAGAGGGGCUGCGACGCUCCGCCGUUGGAGAUCCCGGGAAAUAUGGACCCCCUCCGCGAUGGCAAGAUGAUUGUAGGCGAGAAGCCACCUCUAGCUCAAUCGUCGCCGUGUUCGUACUGCACAAAGACUCAUAAGAAAUGUACCAUGAACUGGGCGUGGACGCAGAUUCAGAUCUCUUAUGCUCUCGCUGCGGCUGCGCGGGGUGAACCAGGUAUUGAAUGCAUCGUCCCCUCGAGACGAGAUUCAACAUCUACACGACGAGAAUCGACAUCAACAGAAAAUACACGCGAUACGCCGAAUUCUAUUGUCCCGGAUGAUAACAACUUUGAUGUCCAAUCAGCAGCGCAAUCUUUUGUCUCGCAGUCUCUCCCUCCAGUGCCGGUCUUUUCAGAGAUCGACACCAGCCUAAACGUCCCCUCAUUUAUCGACAAUUCACUCGAUGCGCUACCAUUCGACUUUGUGCCUGAGCAAACAGAGCCUGUUGACGCUAAUUUCUACGGGAUUCAAUUCAAGGAUCUCACUGCACCCGAGGAACCGUUAAGCGAGCCCUGGGACUUCUGCAAAGACUCAACGAUCUCGCCUGAACUUCAAUUCGAUGUUGCAUCAAUGUCGCAGUUCCCUACCGUCAGUCCCACGGAACCUGCACAGUCUCUCAUCGCAGUUAGUCCGAACAACGACAAAGACUGGCGAAGACCGAAACGGCGUCGUGUGUCGACUACAUGGAGCGAUACGCAGAGUAGUUCGUUAUCGUCCUUCACUAUGGAUCAGUCGAUGAUGACAAGGUCCAACAACCUCAUGAUCUCGACGAAUCUGCUGCAGAUUUAUCACGAUGUCUUGGAGCAUAAUUUAUCGUGCUGGCUGAAUGAAGUGACGUGUCCGUUUGGUCGGCAGCAGAAGACUGUCUCUCAACCAGGGAAUCUUGCAGAAUGGGGAUCUUCAUGGACGAAUCGAGUUCUGCGACGCACAAUGAAUCUCGAUCGCGUGGCUCAAUCAACGCAAUUGGUUCAUUUGUCCCGGCAGCAAGACUCAGCGACUGCGAAAGCUCUUCAUCUGUGUAUCAUGGCGUUCGCGACACAAUGGGCUCAAAGUUCACGACGACACAGAGAACGAUAUCCCUCACUAGACGACAUCGCAGAAGAGAACCCACUAAACGAGUACAUGGACGAUUUUAAAGAAGAGUUUGAUCGCCACCUUCAACGAAACAUCUGGGAUCAAGCACGACGCGCUCUAGAUGACGUCGCAGACGUAGAGUCCUACCGCGUCGUCUGCGCAGAAAUGAUCUUCGGCCUCACGCAAAAACCUCUUGACCCCGAAGACACAGAGCACAGCGACGUCGACACAUCAGGUUGUUUCGAGGACGUAUACGACAUGCAAUCCGUCGCCGACGAAAUCGCCAGCAUAAUCGAAAAUGACGGCCCGCCCAUCUUCAUGGAGCGCGCGGCCCGCAAAAUGCACACUCUAAAAUACCGCUUCGACGCUGAGCGGAAAGGUCUCACCAAAGGCCGCAAGCGUGCCAAUCUCGUGGCGUCCAUGAGCAGCGAAGACGCAGGGACUGUGAGUUUGCUAUACUGGUUGACAGUGAUGUUUGACACGGUUAGUUCGACGAUGAGUGAGAGGCCGCUUGUUGUUGUGGAUGCGAACAGUCAGCAUGAUGAUGCGCGUGGGGACACGGAUUGGAACGUUCCGCUGUUUAUUCAGGAUAGUCUUGAGAAGCCGAGGCAGAAUGUCCACUGGCCUUGUUCGUAUGAAGAGGCUGCUGAGGCGGUUACGAGAUCUGCACCGGUCAAGGUGUUGAUGUUUCGCCAUGUAGCGUAUUUGCAGAAUUUAUUGAGGCAGGGGGAGUCUGGGGAGAAGGUUGAGGGGUUUAUUGAACGGUCUGCAAGGGUUUAUCGCUACUGGAACACGACAUAUGGCACGUUCUUUAGAGAACUUCUUCAAAACUACAACUCCAUCCCCGGCCGCAUCCAAAGCUGGUUCAUCUGCAUCUGCGCCCACUGGAAUCUCGGCGUCCUCCUCCUCGCCGAUCUAAUCCACCACAUCGACGAGCACGCCCUCGGCCUCCCCGCCCCGAGCCAAUCCCGCUCCAACUGCAAAUGGGUGAUGCGGAUCCGCGAGCGCAGCGCCCGAGAGCUAUCCGACCUAGCGCGCGUGACCGCCCCGGACAACAGGACCCCGAUCGUGCCCACGCUCUCAGAGUUUCACCACGCCAUCAACCAGUGCAUGAUCCUCACGGAGCCGUGGACGGUUAUCCUGAUACGCGCGUUUAGCAAGGCGGCGAAUUAUUGGAUGGCGGAGGUUAAUGAGUUGUUGCAGGUUGAUCGCGCGGGGGAAGAGUUGGAGGAGAGGUUGGGGAGGGGGGAGGAGUGUAUUAGGAUAUUGUGGAUUCUGGGGAAGAAGAGUGAUAUUGCGAGGAGGUGUGCUGAGACGUUGAGUAGGGCUAAGACGAGGUUGCCGAUUUGA